AUGCGUAGAGAUCAAGUGAGUUUUCAGCGAAUCACCGUACUAUUCCCAUGUGUGGUGUUUUCAUUCGUUGCAUGUGUUCUUUCCGCUGCUCCACCAAUUGCUGACGAUGAAGCACGACCGCAUUUGGACUGGACCGAUGCUGCUGAGGUGGUGGGAAGAACCUCAUACGUCAGCGGACGCAUCGUCCGAGUGGGGCAUGCCCGGACUAUUCACUUCCUCAACUUUCACCCGGAACGACGUGACGUCUUCAAGGUGGUCAUUUUCGACGACUACAUGAAGAACUUCCCGGGCCCGCUGGAGGAAAUGUACGAAGGCAAGAACGUUCGUGUGCGGGGGGUAGUAUCCACGUUCGGGGGUAGCCCUCAGAUUCAGGUGACGCACCCCGAUCAGAUCGAAGUACUGGACGAAUUGCCAGAGACUAACUUCGAGCAGCCGAAAGCCCCAGUCGCCGGCCAACCGCUGACAUUGGCGACCUUCAACAUUCGGAACCUAUUUGACGACGAAGAUUCACCCUACCACAACGAUGGUUCGACCAGACCGAAGCCGCGUGAGGAGAUGGAGGAUCUGGCGAAGAUGAUCCAUGAACUCAAUGCAGACAUCCUCGCCCUGCAGGAGGUGGAGAGUCGUGGCUAUUUGGAGCGCUUUCUCGAGGUUUUCUGUAGCGACCUGGGCUAUCAGCACGUGGUGCAUUUCGAAGGGAACGAUCUGCGUGGGAUCGACGUCGCGUUGCUUUCUCGUGUUCCUGUUGGGGCGGUCACUUCCCAUCGCCACUUGCGAUUCCCAGGAAGCGACGACUCAAUUCAGCGAUUUCGUCGCGAUUUGUUGACGGUUGAGCUGAUGCCCGAAGGUGCGGCCCCCUUUGAAGUAUGGGUUGUGCACCUGAAGAGCAAUUCAGACGGUCGGCCUCGCGCUGAACCCAUUCGAUUGGCCGAAUGCCGCAAGAUUCGAGAGUUGCUUGAUCAGCGGUUACAUGAAGACCCUUCCGCCAAGAUCGUCAUAUGUGGUGAUUUCAACGACACCGAAACGAGCGAUACCGUAAAGACGAUUGCCGGGGCAGGGGAGUAUGCUCUCAGUUCGGCAUGGGAAGAGGUGCCAAAAGACCAUCGCAUCUCGUACAACAUGGAGCCCUAUCGCACGUUGAUUGACUUCAUCUACUGGUCGCCGGCAAUGCGUGACAACUAUGUGCCGGGCAGUUAUCGAGUACUUCAUGAAGGAAUGGUCAACACGAUCGGUUCGGACCAUAACCCUGUUGUUGCUCGCUUCAAUAUGGGCAAGGCAUCGGUGGCUAAAGACUUCAACUCAUUGUCGGAUGGUUCGACUCAAACCUUCGACCAGGUCACCUCGGGAAGCCAAUUGACCAACGCUAGUUCGAAAAACACGAACGCCACUUUGGGAAUGACUUUUGUCACGACUUGGAACGACACCCGCGGCGAGACAGUGGGCCCAGUAACGCAAACUAGCGAUUCAAACGACUUCAUUGGUGUGAAUUCGUUUGCCGGCUCCAACUCUCCCGACGUGUCUCCCAAUGGAACCAGCGUUGCCAGCGGUAGCGAACACAACUACGAGUUCAACGACGGCGAUGGCCGGCUCGACCUGGCUUUCGAUGCGAUCGACGUGAGCGGAUACACGAACGUGUCGCUGUCUCUGAACUACUGGAUUACGGAUACCGGCUUCGAAAGCGAUGACGCUUUUGUAGUCACCCUUGGUGACGGGCUCACGACUCUCCCCCUGCUGACCUUCGGUGAGACCGAGCUUGAAGGCAAUGUUUCGGCCGACAACGGUACCGCCAACUGGAAGUCGAUGCUGGUCGAUGUUUCGGCUCUUGGACUGGGCGACAACCUCUCCCUCACCAUCAGCGUCGACACGAACUCCGGCAGCGAAAAUAUCUACGUCGACGACGUUGUUUUCACCGGUGUGGCUGUGCCCGAGCCUUCCAGCGUAGUGCUCCUGUCGAUGGGUGCUCUCGGAUUGAUCUUCGGUGCCGUUCGUCGUCGCCGUGCCCGCAGUUAG